GUAGCUACUAAGUGGGGCACUACAUUGCAAUUGAAGUUUUCGAAGAAGAAAAAAAAGUCGAGAGCUAGUGCUUCAAUUGGACAUCAGCCUACAAAUACACCCAAAAAUAAUAUAAAGGAAACGUGCAUUUCACAAUGGCAGGUCCAACUUCAAAAAAGCGAAACCACCAGGAUUCAAAUACCAAAUACAAAUCUCAGAGACCGAAUAAGAAGCAAAGAAAGGUCCUCAAGUAUCACAGCGAUUCGGAAGAAGAGGGCGCCAACGCCGAGUUCCGACCCGUAAACCUCCUCGAUUCGGACAAUGAAGACUUCGAGGAUGUCGCCGUAGAUGACAUCCCAUCCGGCUCAGACUCGGACUCGAAGUUAGGCUCGGAUUCAGACUCAGAUAACGAUGCGGUGCUCAAAUCCAAGUCUCUCGCGAAACAACGGAAUAAACUAGCAAAGAACCUCCCUAGAGAUGAAGCUCGCGACAAGAGUCCCGAAGCCGAAUUAGAAGAUGACGACGACGACGACGAGAAUGACGAGAACGAAGAUGAAGUAGAAGAAGAGGGUUUGGACGGAGACGACGAUUCGAGGCCUCAAUUCAAAAAAUCAAAAUCAAAACGCAAUGAUCCCGAUGCCUUCGCGACAUCCAUGUCCAAGAUCCUAUCUACAAAGCUAUCUACCACAAGACGUGCGGAUCCGGUCCUUUCGCGCAGCGCCGAGGCCCACCAAGCGGCCAAGGACGCUGUCGACAAUGCGCUAGAGGCCAAGGCACGGCGGCAUCUACGGGAACAGAAGAGAUUGGCGCAGGAGAAGGGGCGCGUAAAGGACGUACUAGUCGGCGCUGUCGACGAGGAGGGCCGACCCGAGACUUCCACCCAGGAGAUCCAGCAGACGGAGAAGCGCUUGAAGAAGGUGGCGCACCGCGGCGUUGUCAUGUUAUUCCGCGCCGUCAGGGAGGCGCAGGAGCGGGCCGCCGAAGCCGAGAGGGAUACGCGGAAGGAUGGCAUCGUGGGAGUUCAGAGGCGCCAGGAGAAGGUUAACGAGAUGAGCCGGCAAGGCUUCCUAGAUUUGAUCGCCGGAGGUGGCGGGAAGUUGAAGAAGGAUGCGCUGGAAGAAGCCUAAGCUUUGCUCGAUACGCGCGUAUCCGGAUUUGGAAUGGCAUUUUAUAGGAUGAUACCAAAAGUACUUUAUGAACAUGACCUCGUUAAGAGUUGGGCUUUGUCCUAUCUCCAAGCCGGUUAUAGCUAUCCUGCUGCGAGUAUAGUACAUCGUA